AUGGACCACUUCACCCCAGCCAGCAGUGAAAGAAACCUAAUAUCGCACAUCUUUCGUAAAAAUGAAAUCUGUCGAGACACAGAGUGGGAGAGAUAUUUUUGCUACAAGAGCAUUGAAGUAAGCGAUAGCUACAUCGGCCCCCAUCUCAUCUUCCCCCUGACCUUCUGUGGGGUGUCAAAGCUGGUGGAGGCCUUCAAGCACAAACAACAGCUUCAUGCUCGAUAUGUUCUGCAGCUUCUUGGAGAAACUUGGAGACUUCUAAAAAUUCUUCCAAACAUCAACCACAUCUCUGCCUGCCACACCAAGCAGAUAACCAUAUGCGGAGAUUUACAUGGGCACCUUGAGGACCUGCUGUUAAUAUUUUAUAAGAAUGGUUUGCCGUCCUCCGAGAAGCCGUAUGUCUUCAAUGGAGACUUUGUGGAUCGCGGUAAAAACUCCGUUGAAAUCCUGCUCAUCCUGUUUGGGUUCCUGCUGGUCUAUCCCAAUGAUGUCCAUCUAAACAGAGGAAACCACGAGGACCACAUUGUUAACCUGAGAUAUGGUUUCACUAAAGAAGUUUUGGGAAAAUAUAGGGUGCAUGGUAAGACAAUCCUAAAGCUCCUCCAGAAGAUUUUCAGCUGGCUGCCUCUGGCCACAGUGAUUGAUAACAAGGUGCUGAUUGUGCAUGGUGGGAUCUCUGACACAACAGACCUCAACGUGAUAGCCAGAAUGGACAGACACAAAUAUGUGUCGGCUCUCAGGCCUCCUAAGGCGACCCAUCAAGCAGUCAAUGUGAGUAAGACUCAGACAAUGAACAACAGGAACAGGGAGGCCGGUGGACCAGUGGAAGGCCGGCGUCGGGUGUGUUCUCUGACUUACCACGGCUCUGCGAUGGCUCACAGGCAUGAACUCCCACGCUGUUCGCUCCACAACGCACCCGUGAGCAGUCAACUCAACUGGUCGGUGGAAGAGGAGCUGAAAAAGAGGCGCAGGCUGGCUGGGUUCGACCAGUCCUACGGAGAACCAAAGAAGUCUGACGUAGACCCGGAGUCUGGAGAAACAACAGAGACAGAUGUGGACGAGUGGAAACAAGUAGAAAUGCCCCAUAAUGCACACGUUUUCAUGUUUCCUGACUUCGCUAACUAUUUCACUGUGAUUGAUUGGGCCACCCAGAUAGUGGAUGUGUUGUGGAGUGACCCGAUGCCCCAAAAUGGCUGCAUUCCCAAUGAGGUGCGAGGCGGAGGCUGCUACUGGGGGCCAGACGUCAGUGAGGAAGUGCUGGGAAGACACAACCUCCAGCUCCUCAUCCGCUCCCAUGAGUGCAAACAGGACGGCUAUGAGUUCUGCCAUAACCGCAGGGUGCUGACUAUAUUCUCAGCGUCUAACUACUACGAGGUGGGCAGCAACAGAGGAGCCUACAUCAGAAUGGGACCCGAUCUGGUUCCCCACUUCAUUCAGUAUCAGGCCAGCAGGACAUGCAGAGAGCUCACCCUGAGACAAAGUGUCGGGUGGAUAGAGAGAUCAGCUCUGCGAGCUCUGAGGGAACAACUGUUUGUACACAAGUCCGAUCUCAUUAGUGCCUUCCAGGAGUUUGAUCCUAACAACAAAGGGAUGAUCUCUCUAAGGCACUGGGCCAGCGCCACAGAGAGAGUACUAAAUCUGGGUCUGCCCUGGAGGGUGUUGCGCCCUCAGCUUGUCAGCAGCACCCAGUGUGGCAUGGUGGACUACCAGCUGUGGAUAAGGGAGCUCUCCAUCACUGAGCCCAAACUGGAGAUCUCAGAUGACAGCAUCCUGGAGACUAUGUACAAAAACCACGCCAACCUGGAAACCAUCUUCCGAAUCAUAGACACAGAUAACUCAGGUUUGAUCUCUUUCAAGGAGUUCCGUCAGACCUGGAAACUGCUGAGCUCUCAUCUUAAGACAGAGAUCAGCGACGAGGCCAUCGCAGACUUGGCCCAGAGCAUCGACUUCAACAAGGACGGGAGCAUCGACAUCAACGAGUUCAUGGAGGCUUUCCGGCUGGUGGACAUCUCCGCACAUACCUGA